GCAACAUCUCAUCUCAUGGCUACUGCUGCUACACUCAACCUUCUUCUUUAUCUCUUUUGGAUUUCUCUCUUAUUUUUCUCUGGAUCUUUGCAACUGUGCAUAGAGAAGGAGAGGAAGGCUCUGCUGAGCGUGAGAAGUGGCUUCCCUGAUGUCGAUAGCUGGCUAUCUCCAUGGAAGGGCGAUAAGUGCUGCAGUUGGGAAGGUGUAGGAUGCAAUAACAUCACAGGUCAUGUUAUCAAACUUGACCUCUCUAUUCCUUACGCUCUUUCCAAUACAAGCCAGGUGCAUCCUUCGUUGUUUCAUUUGAAGCAUUUGAAGUAUUUAGAUAUAGCUAAGAACGACUUAUCGAGCCAUCAAAUUCCUGGCUCGAUUGGAUCUUUAACUCAAUUGCAGCACUUGGACCUUACGUUCUGUGGUUUCGGAGGAAAAAUUCCCUACGAACUUGGCAAUCUCUCCAACAUGCAAAGCUUGUUCCUCAGUGGCAACCACAUCGAAGGUGUAAUACCAAAAAGCAUAGGAAACUUGAGUAAAAUGUCAGAUCUGGACCUUUCUUAUAAUAGAAUUGUUGGAGGCUUACCAGAGGCUAUCGGGAACCUAACUGCAUUGCAGAAUCUGGCCUUAUCAGGUAAUCAGAUUAAGGGAAAGAUACCAGAUUCAAUUGGAAAUCUCCUCCAGUUAGAAAAUUUCAGUGUCUCUGGUAACAACAUAAAUGGAUCGAUUCCUGAGGCCUUGGGAAGUCUAUGCAACUUGAGUAGAAUCGAUCUCUAUGAUAACAGUAUAACAGGGAGAGUUGUUGAAUUCUUUGAACAACUAUCAAGAUGCAGAACAAACAAAACUCUUUCCCUUGACUUUAAUAAUAAUCAGUUUAAUGGUCCUUUUCCGAGUUAUGUUGAGAGGCUUCAAAGAUUAACUCAUCUUGACCUUAGUUCCAAUCAACUGAGUGGCUCAGUUCCAACAUCCUUGGGGAAAUUGUCUGCAUUAGAGUUCUUAAGUCUAUCUUCGAACUACUUGGUCGGAGACAUCACAGAAGCACACUUUGUCAAUCUCACAAAUUUAAUUAACAUGGAUAUAUCUGACAACAACUUGUCAGUCAAAGUGAGCCAAGAUUGGCUUCCUUCAUUUCAAGCAGAAGUAAUUCUAAUGGGCUCUUGCAACUUGGGACCCAGAUUUCCUCCAUGGUUGUGGAACCAAACCAGUUUAUAUGCCCUAAAGCUAUCGGAUAAUGGAAUAUCAGAUGCCUUUCCUGAUUGGUUUUGGAACUUGUGCACAUCGUACUUGGAGCUAGAUGUUUCUCACAAUCAUAUGAGAGGGAUGUUGCCACGCUCUUUAGAAUGCUUCAAGGAUUUAGCUUUUUUUAAUUUGAGUUACAACAACUUUGAAGGCUUCAUACCAAGAAUGCAAUCUUUAAUUUUGGACCUUUCUUACAAUUCAUUCUCUGGACCAAUUCCUGAAAGCAAAUUUGGUGGGUUUCUGCUUCUCUAUAUGUCUUUGUCCAAUAACAGAUUGAAUGGCAGCAUUCCAACUUCCAUUUGUACAAAUGGAAACUUGCUAGUUGUGGACCUUGCUAAUAAUGAUUUAUCUGGCGCAAUCCCAGAUUGUUGGAGUAAUACAUCAAGAGCAGAGAUCAUUGACAUCUCCAACAACAAUUUAUCUGGCAGCAUCCCCAAAACAUUUGGGCUUUUAGCCAGACUACAAUCACUGCACAUGAAUAAUAAUAGUUUAUCUGGUACAAUUCCCUCAACUUUACAACACUGCAAUCAACUUGUAGUUAUUGACUUGAGUUCGAAUAAAUUGUCUGGAGCUAUACCUAAUUGGUUUGGAAGGAGACUAUCAACAUUGCGAGUUCUUUCUCUUAGGGUAAAUAAUUUCACUGGUGCAAUUCCACCACAGCUCUCUCUGAACCCAUCCCUCCAAGUGCUAGACCUGGCUCACAAUAAUCUUUUUGGCUCUUUGCCUUCAAGUUUGGGCUUGUUUGGCUCCAUGAUGGCAAGACAGAACAAAAGUAAAUCUUCUCCAUUAUAUGAUGGUCAUUUUUAUUACAAAGAGAGUCUUAUUAUAACUGCUAAGGAUUCAGAACUCCAGUUCACCACUUUGCUUUCAAUUGUCACCAGCAUUGAUCUCUCAAACAAUAAUAUCUCAGGUGACAUUCCUAGAGAGAUCGCAAACCUCCAAGGCCUUCACUUCCUCAACUUGUCUUCAAAUUAUUUAUCAGGAAGCAUACCAGAUGAGAUUGGUCACAUGGUUCAACUAGAAUCACUUGAUCUUUCAAAGAAUAACUUAUCGGGUAGAAUUCCUUUAAACAUCUCUACUUUAAAUUUUCUAAGCAUCCUAAACUUGUCUUACAACAAUCUUAUUGGGAAAAUACCAACGGGCAAUCAGCUACAAACCUUCACCAACUUGUCCUACAUCGGCAACCCUGAGCUUUGUGGGGAGCCACUCCAAACCAGAUGCCCAGGUGACAACCCAACCAUUGAUGAUGGAGUGAUUGAUGAAGAGGACAUGCACAAAGAUGAUGAGCAUGGAGGAAUUUGGUAUUUCAUUGGGUUUGCUCCUGGAUUUGUGUUUGGCUUCUGGGGAUUCAUGGGUGCAAUUAUGAUCAAGAGGAGCACAAGAAUAAAAUACAUCAUAUUCAUUGAUAGGAUUUGUAGUUGGUUUAUGUAAUCAAAACUUAACCUUAAAUAGGCCUGAACUAAUUCUAAAAUGUAUGUAUACAAUAAGUGUUGAUACAGUUUACACUAAUAAUUAAAUUUUAAUAUAUGACAAAUGCGUGCAUUGGUCCUACAAUAAGAGCUUGUACUUUUAUAAUAUUCAGACCAAGGUUGUUGUAAUGGAUUAAGGUUGAC